CGCGCUGCCUUAAUGGACGGUUUCCUCUGAAGAGCCCAUGACUGCGCGGAGAAGGACGGGGAGGGGGGGGAGAGAGUGGGGAGCGCGCCCGGGAAGCGCGCACAAGGGAGAAAAUGCAAUCCCCCCCCAAUAAAGAGCAAAGAUUGCAUUCAGCAGCGAGCAGCAAUGCAGAAAUAGAUGGCAGUCUCGUGUCAGUGAGUUUGCAUUCCCCCCCUUCUCUGGUCCAAGCGCUGGAGUCAGCAACAGAGCCCUUGAAGGCAAUUGCUUUUUACUACAAGUGGAGAAGUUCCCCCUCUUGGUUGCCUGGCUGACGGCUCGCCUCGUACAUGUUUGGGAGCAUUUUUCCUUUCUUAUCGGGUUGUUGAUGGGGCUCUUUUCCUUUUUUUUUUCUUCUUCCUUCCUUUACUCUUGUUCUUGCCUUGAUUUUUCCCCCCCUAUCUUUGAAAGUGUGACUUCAAAUAUUCUCUUGUUUCUCUCAAACAAAAGCAAAACGAGAGAAAAAGGACCUCUGGAUUGAUUACGCCUAAGAGUCUUUCCCCCCCUCCUUUUUAAUGAACAGAACUAAAACCCCGUCACGAAAUUUCAAACACAAAUCUAAAAGGAAAAGGUUGUGGUUUGUUUUUUUGCUCAGAAGCAGCAGCAGCAGCAACAACAACAUGGAUGUGUUGGCUAGUUAUAGUAUAUUCCAGGAACUGCAGCUUGUCCACGACACCGGGUACUUCUCAGCUUUGCCAUCCUUGGAGGAGAACUGGCAGCAGACAUGCCUUGAGCUGGAGCGCUACCUUCAGACAGAACCCAGGAAGAACUCAGAAAGCUUCGGGGAGGACUUAGACUGUUUUCUUCAUGCCUCUUCUGCUCAAAGCACAGAAGACAGCAUUCAGCCAUUGGACCCACUCUUAUUACCUAUAGAUAUGAGUACCUGUGAUAAAAAUGCCAACAUGGACAUUAUUCUCUCAAGGGACAAACUAUUGUCUGAGACUUGUCUCAGCCUGCAACCUACCAGCUCCUCUACAGAGGGCUAUGCUGCUGUUAACCAGGCCCAACUCAACGCAGUGACCUCACUAACACCUCCUUCCUCUCCUGAACUCGGUCGCCAUCUUGGAAAAACCUCACAAACUAUCUCUGCAGUUGAUGGCACAGUUACACUGAAAUUAGUGACCAAGAAAUCCACCCUCAGCUCAGUAAAGGUUGGUGUAAUAACACCAGCUAAUACAACAAAGUGUGCGCUCAGUGACAGUGAACAAGGAGGGUCAGGGGCUGAUACAUCCCCAGAAAACAAGAAGAGGGUUCAUCGUUGUCAGUUUAAUGGGUGCCGUAAAGUAUAUACAAAGAGCUCACAUCUAAAAGCGCACCAGAGGACUCACACAGGUGAGAAGCCUUACAAGUGUUCAUGGGAAGGGUGUGAGUGGCGUUUUGCAAGAAGUGAUGAACUCACACGGCACUACAGGAAGCACACGGGAGCAAAGCCCUUCAAGUGCAGCCAUUGUGACAGGUGUUUUUCAAGGUCUGAUCAUCUUGCCCUCCAUAUGAAGAGGCACAUCUAAAUAAUAGGGACCAUACAGUGUGACCCGGAUGCAGUUAGACCAUAGCGUCAUGGGGAGAAGGGUGGAACCCAAUUGCCUGUCUCUUGCUACCUUCCAGAAGAAGAGAAUUUGAUCACAUGUAAACUUCUAUUCACACAACAUGCACUAAAUGCUGUCAUGCACUCAGCAGUACAUUCAUCUGUUUCCAACGCCUUGCCCAUCUGAAAGGCAGAAGACGUGAUUAGGAAAAGGGAUGCAGGGGAAGUCUUUAAGACACAGUUGCUUACAGCACUUCAGAACUUGAAAAUAUUUGCUCCUGUUUAUUGCCAAUGGAAAUCAAAGCAGAUGGAAGAGAAUUCCUUGCAGGUGAACAGCAUAGAAGCAGCAUAUAUGUAACUCGCUUCUUGGUGCAACUUGACUGGGGAGGGGGGAAACCUAUUUUGGACUUGCAUAUUUGUAGCACUAACUUUUCUUUGGAGAUAAUUUUGGAAGGAAAACUAAUGACCUAGAAAAACCAAAUUCCAGUUUGGUAGCCAAAACAUUACUGUCUUGGUUCCUUUCUGCUGAUUUUGUUUUAAGGCACCCUUAAUGAUUCAUCAAGAUUCCUCAAGAACUUCUUGAUCUGCUCCGUUUUGUUUUUUCAUAGAACUGAGCUGUCAAGAUCUGUUUAAGUCAAUACCAAUGGCCUUAAUUGGCAGUACACUCUGCAGAGAUCCUAGGAUACACCUACCAGUUUUCUUGCUUCAGCUGUUAUGGACUUUGUCAAGGAGAUAUACAGUAUAUAUAUAUAGAGAGAGAGAGAGAAAGAAAGAGAGAGGCAUACUGUUUUGUUCCUUUAAUUUUGGUAUUUGGUUAUUGCACAUCCCGUGCACAGAGGAACUGUGAAAACUGCUGAUAUGAUUGCAUAAUGGUUGACAAGUGAAAUCCCUGAGCAAGAUCACAGUAUAUCUUUGGAGGCAUCACCAUAUUGCCAUAGUUCAAACUUCCUAUUUAAUUACUUAAUGAAAACUUGAAAGAAAGCUUAUUUGAAGCUUUGAACCUUUUCUCCAAGUUUCUGAGAACUCAUUUACACACCUGGAUAUCUGUCUUGGAUUCUCUAACUCAGGCCUGACUUCAGGUUUUCCUUCUGCACCCUGGGGAGCAUGCUUGUGGCAACCCACAAAAAAUGGUUAGCAAUUCUGGUUAUUUGUUGUUGCUAGCCUUUUACUUGGUGAAAUACGUGGUAACAUAUAUGUGUGUGUCUGGCACUCGCAAAAGAAAUAUUUUGGGUUAAGCAGAUCAAUAGAAUACUUGCAAUCAUGCAAGUUAGAAGUGAGAAUCUCUUGCUUUUAAUAUUAGUCUCCUACAUGUUUUCUAAAAGAGAAAAUGCCUGCCUAGAUUCUCCUUUCCCAUUUUAUUAAGGUGGUGUAAUUCCCACUUGUCCAACACAAUGCAGUUGAAUGAAAGGAUUGGCUUUUUGGUAAGCACGGACUUCUUUCCAAACAACUAAUUUAAAUAAACAAAAAAAAAAGUAGAUGCAUGGGUCCACUUCAAGCAAUGGUUGUACUAUUUAAUGAACAAUGAAGGCAUCAGGCUCAUGCUUGGAUCUUGUAGAUAGUUUGAUGGUUGUGGUCAAAUUAGAUUAUUUUUUUCUGUACUUAUCUACACACACACACACACACACACACACACACACACACACCUUUCUCUAUAUAUGCAUUAUGUUUAUUUUUAGCUAGUUGGAGCUGGCACUAUUCCAAAGACUGCCUUUUCAAACUAUCUCUCAUGCAGGUAAAGAGAUAGUGAUUCAGAAUGGCUGUGUAUAGUUUAUUUGGGACCAUCCCUGCAAGAUGUGCUGAGAAACGGAAUGGCCUGUAACUCUCUUGGUUGCUACUCUUCCACUCACUAAACUAGCUCACUGCCCUACUUUGGACUGUUUUUUGACUUGUUGACUGUUCACUAAUUUCCUAAUUCAUGUUUAGGAUGCAGAAACAUUAAAAUAACUUUUUAUAUCUUCAAAUAUAUAAUGGAAGUACAGACAUUGAUACAUAAUAUUUAGCUCUUGGGGUUUUCUUUCCAUCUGUAAUUUUGUUCAGCUACUGAGGUUCCAAACAGUCCUCUCCUCGGGCUCAGAUAAUCCCUGCACAUACUGUGACUAUCAACAACCAUUUAUAUUGCAAAUACAAAAUGUAGCCCUUAAUGAUGGGAUGAGAUACAGACCAAAAACACGAAUAAUCUUUACAGAGGCAAUUAACAUUAGGAUUUAAGAAUAAGGGCAAGAUCUAAGUUUUAUUCCAAAGAUUUGUGGUGAAGAAAUCUUGGAGCAUUGUUUGCUGACAAUCUUGUAGUUCUCUUUAACCGUGUUUGCAUCUUUUCUGUUCUAUGGAGGUGUUCACUGGGAAUUUUGAGAACUCUGUAACUUGGUAUUGGAAUAUUGUGUGACAGUUUUAGAAUAUCAGAGAAGAGAGAAGACUGAACAUCUAGACAACGAAUUAGUUGAAAAAUCUCUACUGUCAAGAUUUUUUUGUUUUCUUGUAGAGUCUUGCAUAAUGUGCAUGCAUGUAUCUGUGCGUAUGUGUGUAUGUAUAUAGAUAUGUAUGUAUGUACGUAUAUAUCUGUAUGUGCGCGAACCCACACACAAAUAUAUAUGUAACUGUCAUGACAUAGUCCUUAAGUAAUACCCAUAGACCAAAAUAUUCAGUUCUGUUGCAUCUAGUAUUUAAUUUGAGACUAUAAGAGUUAACAGACAAAUUUAAAAUAAGUUUGCUUCUUUAAAUAAUCUGAAACAGAUGGGAAUGGGAAUCCCGAGAAACCAAAAGGAAUUGUGUUCAUCUAACUCUUAUUGAUAUUAGAAGUCUCAGAAAAUUUUCUGUUAACAGGACUUGAAAUAAUCUGGGGAACAAAAAGCUUGUUCUUUUUCUCCCUGCUCAAAGUAGAUUUGAAGUAUAGGGACUUGGGAGUAAGUCAACUAAAUCGGACAGGGCCUUUUCCUGAGUAAAUGUGAAAGGGAUCUGCUCUCAGCCUGUGAGAAGAUGAAUGAGGAAGAGAUGUUAAUCCAUAGUUGAUGCAUAAGGUUGCUAUGUUUCCACAGUAGAUUAUAUAGUUAUUAGCUGGCCAGCACCACCAAAUAAAUAAAUAAUCAGAAGCCUAUAAGUUGGUACAGCAAAUCAAUCACAGCUUAGCCAUCUGCCUCUGCCCCUAGUUUGCAAUGUUUGUCUGUAAGGCUGUUAGCACUUGUCAGCCUCUUACUUCCCAGUGAACCACCUCAUCCGCUGAUGGUGAUAGGAUCUGUCUGCAAUCCUAAUCAUACUGACAGUCUCACAAACGUGGGAGGCAGGAAGGAGGAGGAAGAAUUCUGGACAAUGAGCCGUGGGAAAUGCAAACACAAAUAGUAAUUUGUUCUUGAGAUUUUCUUUUGACCACUUACCGAAAGAUAAUCAUGUGUGAUGGUUGUGCCAUACCAAAAAUGAUUUUUAAUGGGUUCUGUAUUUCUAUUACAAAUUCAACAGAAAUUGAGGGAGAGAGUGUGUAAAUAUUUCAAGGACUUAAUUACAUCAUUUAGCAGAUCUUAGUUUGGCUUUUACCAUCCUAUAAAAGGAUUUUCUAACAGCAAUGAUGGCAGGGUUUUACCACCCAGUCUUUAUUAAUGCUCUCAAGGAAAGGAAAUGGCAAGGCACGAGAGAGUAGCUAACUUCCUAGUCUAAUAUAAGGAAGCUUGGAUAGAAAACACAGGCAAAAGCAAUCUGAGGCAUUUUAUUCAGGCCUUUGAGCAGUAUUCUUGUUGCUUCAGCAGCAGCAGUGUCUGCUGCAUCCUGUUUUCAGUAUGCCAGUUUACAAUAUACUCUGGAAAAUUUAGAAUCGGUUAAUUGCAUGGCAUACUCUACAUGCUAACUUGUACUACACAUUUCUGGUAGACCCCAUGAUAAUUGGAUUCAAAAGAAAACUCUUGUUUUCUUUUAAACACUUAACAGAGGGCCAUCUCUGUGUGUUUGUUUGUGUGUGUGUGUAUAUAUGUGUGUGAGUAUAUGUGUGUAUAUGUGUUAAGGAUUUUGCCUUUCCUUGCUAAAAUAAGAUAGGGGCUAUCUUCAGAAAAAUAGCAAGAAUUGACACACACACCCGACCUCUUUCAGCAACAAGGAUCUCUCUCUUUCUCAGUAGGGAUACAGUAAAUGCUUCAUUUUUCUUAAAAGCCCUCGAACAAUAGGGGAAAAGUAUCAAGAAUGUAUUAACCUGCUGUAAUUUCAAAAGCACACUAAAAUAUUCUUAGAUUUGAAAGUUAAUGUUGGCAUACUCAUAUUUUUAAAUUGAACUAUGUUUAUAUAUUUUUUUUAUUUGUUGAUUGGGCAUAAGGCCAAAUUGCAGGCGUACACUCCCAAGUUCUGUAUAUCUAUACAUAUGCUAAAACAUUUGAAUAUAUCUAAAAUAUAAGCCCAUAUAGAUGAAGUGAAAUCCAACUCUGCCUGAUGUAGUAAUCAACAAUCCUUGUUUCUGUCUCAUUUGAGUGAGGGCCCUUACUACUGAUAGUGAAUUUUAAAAGAAUGUUGGCUUAUUGGGAAUGAUUUUGCUUGUGUGUAUCUUUAUUGUAUACCAUGAGAAAACAAAAUGAAAACUGGGGGGGGGGGAAGUGUUUACAAAAGUACCCUGAGUUUUAUGUCACAUGGAGGGAAGUGACAUUAAAUUGACCUAUUUAUCUGCUGAGGCUUCAGUGUGCAAAAAUCACCUAUCAAUAUAACAUACAAUUUCUUGGACAUCUUUUUUUAAAUUCCUGUGUGACAGAUUAUUACCUGGAUAAAUAAAUCAGCAUGGUUGAUAGAUCCAUUUGGGAAGCCAUUCCUGAAAGUAAUAUUUUUACACGUCUGUCACUUAAUAUUUUCAUUUAUUGUAUUACUAUUCCUGUGGCUAAUAAAUGGUUCCCUGGAAGGCCAUAUGGUCAGACCAGAGUAUAUAUCUGGUCCAGUAUAUCCAGUAUAUUGUUAUUUGUUGUUAUUUGUAUUUUACGCAUUUCUGAACGUUGUAUCUGCUAAUCCCUGAACACCAAAAUUGUAACACUGUUUUUAAGCACUCAUUUGUUAUUGAUCCUUCACUACCUGAUAGACAUUGUAUUAUUUUUUAAUUUUUUUUAGUUCCACAGAUAUAGUGAAAUUUGUAUGAAGUUGCUCAGUUCUAAGAAAAAACUAAACAGCACUUCAAUUAUGCUAGCAUGUAUCAUCAGCAAAUGAACACUGUAAGUAUAUACAUGGUUAAAAUCUCUUCAACAAAUUGAGAGUACUAUAAUGGUAUCAUUUUGAGAACAGUAUUUUAUCCCAAAAUGAGCACUGUAUAAAGAGAACAUUUGAGGGAUUUUUUUUAAAAAAAACCACUAUAGAAUAUCACAAAUAUUGGCUGAGCGGAGAGGCUGAGCACACAAGGUAGUAGUAGUUUUCAGCUCACCUCCUUCCUUGCCUUGUGUUGAGUUCUCUGCACCUUCUCUUAGAGUAGUGCUUCCAGUGGGGAUACAAUAGGGCUCUGCUCAUGUCUGGUUCCUUCAGGAGUCAUCUGCACUUGAAGGAAUUCUGCAUCAGAGCUGGAAUUAUGCCUUUUACAUGGCUGCCAAUUCCAUGGAUGCCACACACUUGGAGGGCGACAAGGCUAGAAGCCUGGAUGCACAAAUGUAUGAAAAGGUUAUAACAAGUAAAUAACUUUUCUGGGGAUAGAAUGGGCAAGUUAAUACUUCAUUCCUGGUGAGAAGAAAUACUGCCCCAAAUCCAGAAUCAUGUACCAGGGUCUGUCUCUUCCUCACAUGACCCUUACCAGAUGCAUAAGCUCAUCUGCUGAUUAUUGUGCACAAACCUACAAAGUGAACAAUAUUUAGAUGUCUUGAGCAGCUGGUCAAGCAAUUGCCCCUUUUUUCCACCCUCCUAUGUGAGAAAAAUUGCAAAUCAACAAUUGGAAGUCAAUCAGAAUCUGAAUUGGGAAGGAAAAAUUGGAAUCUCACCCCAAUUCAAGGUUAGCCAAAGCUGAGCUUUAUUGCCAAUCUUCAUAAUCAAGUCAUUUGCUGCUUCUAAAGCAAGGUUAUUCUUGUGAAGUAUAUAUUUUUGACAGGGAGGAAACAUGCAGAGAUGAUGCAUUGAAUUGAGAGGCAAAACAUAAGGUUUGAGAAUAUGUUAAGAGGUCCCGCCUUCUAGGCAAGAUGGGCUGCACACAAGUUAAAAAAAUAAAGAGGUCAGGCAUCUCUCAUGUGUAUCCUGUUGUCUGCAGUAACACUUUCCAGAAGUAGUUCUCAGUCCCCAAAUUCAUUGGGGAAGGGAUGGGAUGGAAUUAGCAAGUAGCAUUGCAUUAAACCCGUGUCCUUCCUAUUCCACAGUUCUACCAAACAAACAAACAAAAAAAUUGGAUUCUAAGAAAGUUCAGAAAAAUAUCUAAAGGAAUAACAAAGUAGGCAAGCUUGCUUUUGCCCCUUAUUAGCUACAAUCCUGAUAAGAUUGCCUCAUGAUCAAGAUUAGCUUCUAGUUGCAUCAGUCCAAAGAUCCACAGCCCCCAUUUCCAGUCAAUUUUCCAGCUGUAGUUCGUACUAUAAAGGAGGUACUGGGUUUCAUGGAUUAGUGGUUCUUUCGUCCUUCACAUGUAAUGUGCUCAAUCUGCUGAGGCGCACAUUCAGCAUACAGUUAGAUCUUUCAAGGAGCUGAUCUACAGUGAUUCUGGUCUUGACUUAAAGACUGAUGAUGUAUAUGAGCAGCAUUAAUUACCUCCAGAACUGGAACCCCUGGCAAGAGGUUCCAGGAGCAUGGUAGGAGAAAUUACUCCCUUGAAACAACCCCCUUUUAAUCUUUCUAAAGUUAUAUCAAGGGAAAAGCAUGUCAGAAUUUAGACAAUGGGUACAAUGAACAUUGCUUAGGGAAGUAAAGGAUUGGUGUAUUUGUAACAGAUUCACCAGGUCCUUUUUUCAUUCUAAUUAUAUAUAUAUAUAUAUAUAUAUAAUCCAGUCAUUCUUUCAAAACAAUAUCUGCGUAACCACCACCAAUUCUUGAAGGACUUUCUUUUUGCACUACAGCUUUUCUUUCAUCAGAUGUUUCUGCCAAGUGCAUUUGGAGGAACCUUCAGCCUCGUUCUCUCAGGUAUUUCUAGUACGGUGUUUCUUAACCUUGCUAAUUUUCAGAUGUGUGGACUUCAACUCCCAGAAAUCCCCCUUCCUAGCUGGAGAAUUCUGAGAAUUAAAGUCCACACAUCUUAAAAGUUGGCAAAGUUGAAAAACAUGGCUCUAGUAUAUCGCAGAAGUACCCAAAAUGGUAGCCCUCCAUUCUCCCAUUUUUUGGUUGGUGUUUAUUUUUUUUAAGCUUUUUAUAUAUAUAAAUAUAUAAAUAUAAAUAUAAAUAUAUGAAUAUAUUACUUUGUCCAUUUUUUUGGCUGUACAAAAGUCUUAAGAUUUAAAAAUAUUAUUUGUAUUAUAUGAUGGUGGUAUGUUAAUGUUACAAGAUUAUUAAUGAAAAAGAAGAUUUAUUUUUGUUACUGGUCUGUUUCAUAAUUCUUUUUUAAAUUGGUAUAUUGUAAGAUAUCUAUGCAAAAAAAGUUAUGUGACGCAUUUUUAUUUAAGAAUGUAAUAUGUGUAAUAAAAAGUAGAAUGUGUUUGGCCUGAAAAUG